UCCCUUUCGCAUAAAGAGAGUGAAUUCUUAGUAAACUCUUCAAUCCAAGCUAAACUUAUAAGGUUUACAUAUUGAAAGGAAGUGAUCCCUUGUGUCUUAAAAGGAAGUGUUUUCUAAAAAAGGAACCAGCCUUCUUCAAUUUCAAGAUGACUCAAGAGUGUCCAAGAUUACAGUGUGAGAAAUGGUUGAAAACUAAACCAGUUUUCAGUCCUAGACCUCUGGAGACUCUAGGACUUGGGAGACUUUUACAGCUUAUACAGUCCUAUCCAAAGUGUAGUAUACAGGAGAAAAAAAGAAUGAGAAAAUCUCUGAAAAAUCUUCUUUCCUUGCCGUCAAAAUAUACAACAGUCCUAACACAGGAAAUACUAAGAUCCACAUGGUCUAGAUCUGCCAUCUUGAAUAGCCAACCAAUUGAUGAUUUUCUGGUUAAAGAGCUACAAAGCGAAAUGGUAAAAUGGUUGGAUUUUGACAGGAUGGGUCCUAAUUUUAGAAUACAAACAAUUCUUAAUCUAAACAGAAUGCCGAAUUUGGUGAAAUUGAAUCUACGGCUAGCUGGUCCUAAACCCUGGGCAGAAACUUUCACAGUCGAACAAACUGAUAGAAUACUCAGCAAUAUAAUUCAUCUUAGGGAAUUAAUAUUCCAGAAUCUUGCGGAUGAUUUCUUCUUGUCAAAACUAGGUCUCUACUGUAAGAAGUUACUGAAACUCGAUGUUCAAGGUUCAGUGAAUGUAUCUGAUAAAAGUUUAAAGUUUAUAGAAAACUUGAAAGAACUCACGUCCAUUGAUUUUAGUGGAACCAGCAUAGAGGAGGAGACGUUCUUGCUUUUCCUUCAGAAGAAGAAAUGUUUUGAAUCCAUUGGACUUUUUCACAACUUUCAACUACUAGACAAAGAGACUGGGUCGGUAAUUAAGCAACUUACUAUAAAGAACUCAUGUCAGACAGACAUACAUCAAAUAGUUGAAACAUGUUCAAGUCUGAUUAAAUUGGAGUUAAGAUGUGUCAGUACUCGGACAAAACUUCAUACUUUGGGUAGACUUGAGAACUUGACUAAUCUAUAUAUAUCUGGAUCUAACUACAGGCAGAGUAAUUUGAGUGUAUGUUUGAUGGGUCGUGCCGGGUCCUUGACCAGCCUACACCUUGAACAUGUCAGUGGAAUGGACAGCUGUGAUCUUAGAACUAUAGGACAAUACCUGCUAGCUCUAGAGGAUUUGACAAUUAUGAACUGUUGCUUAUCAAGAGGCCUCAUGGAUAGAGUUGAAGAAAGAACAGCUGAGAAGAAACAAUUACGACUGUACACCUCGUUGAAAUCUCUGAAUAUUAGUUCAAAUAUCAGCCCCAGCCAGUUUCUGUUGUUGACAGGACAUGCUGGAAGGUUGAGAAACCUUCAAACUGGUUUAUCUUGCUGGGUUUCUACACGCUUACUUAGUCAUCUAGUUCGUCUUAAUCCACUUAGUCAGCUAGAGUUCCUUAGGAUAGAUUACACUAGUGAUCUGUGUGCUGCAGCUCUAUUCCUUGUUCUUAGAACUGCAACAUCACUAAAGAAUAUUGUUGGUACAGAGACUUGGCAAGAUCUGGACACGAGAAUAUGCGGCGAGUUAAAUCAGAUGUUCCAGGCUCACCAGCUCCCCCAUACACUCCUUUCCUUUCAAUCCCAGAUAUUCUAAUCCACCAUACACUCCAUUCCUUUCAAUUCCAGAUACUCUAAUCCCCCAAACACACCUUUCCUUUCAAUCCCAGAUAUUCUAAUCCCCCUUACACUCUUUUCCUUUCAAUCCCAAAUAUUAUAAUCCCCCAUACACUCCUUUCCUUUCAAUCCCAGAUAUUCUAAACCCUCAUACACUCAUUUCCUUUCAAUCCCAAAUAUUCUAAUCCCCCAUACACCCCUUUCCUUUCAAUCCCAGAUAUUCUAAUCCCCCAUACACUUCUUUCCUUUCAAUCCCAGAUACUCUAACCCAUGAACUCCUUUCCUUUCAAUCCCAGAUAUUCUAAUCCCCCAUACCUUCUUUUCCUUUCAAUCCCAGAUAUUCUAAACCCCCAUACCUUCCUUUCAUUUAUCUCAGAUAUUCUAAUCCAUACACUCCUUUUCUUUUAAUAGUUUAUAAACCCAUAUAUUAUAAUCCCCGCCAUUCUUCUCUCCUUUCAGUUAAAUCCCAAUAUUUAAUUUGUUUAUAACAUCAAUUGUCAUAUUAAUAAGUAACAUUUUCAAAAUACUUUCGUUGUAAUAUUUUGAAUAAAUUAUUUGAUA